CCCGCCCUCACUUACUGUUCUCUUUGAGCUGGCUGGCUGUAGUUCAGGAACACGCCUUCUGCCGAAGUGAACACAAUAACAGGCGCCCUCGAGAGACUUGGGCCAGGCCAGCUCUGGUGGGAGCGAGCGAGAGAGAGGACGCCGCAGCUAGCAGAAGCAGAGGGGAGGGGCAGCAGCAGCGGCAGCAGCAGCAGCAGCGGCAGGAGCGGCAGCAGGAGCCAGGAUGCCAAACUGGGGUGGAGGAAAAAAGUGUGGCGUAUGCCAGAAAACGGUGUACUUUGCAGAGGAAGUGCAGUGUGAAGGCAACAGUUUCCACAAAUCCUGCUUCUUGUGCAUGGUUUGUAAAAAGAACUUGGACAGCACUACAGUAGCCGUGCAUGGAGAAGAGAUCUAUUGCAAGUCAUGCUAUGGGAAGAAAUAUGGACCAAAAGGCUAUGGAUUUGGACAGGGAGCCGGGACCUUGAGCAUGGACAAAGGGGAAGGACUGGGGAUCAAACAUGAAGAAGCCCAGCCCCAUCAGCCUACCAACAACCCCAAUCCAUCCAGGAUGGCACAGAAGGUGGGCGGUGCUGAUGGCUGUCCCCGCUGUGGACAGGCUGUGUAUGCUGCUGAAAAGGUGGUUGGAGCUGGGAAGUCAUGGCACAAAGCCUGUUUUCGAUGUGCAAAAUGUGGCAAAAGCUUAGAGUCCACUACUUUGGCUGAUAAGGAUGGUGAAAUCUACUGCAAAGGCUGCUAUGCCAAGAAUUUUGGACCCAAAGGCUUUGGCUUUGGGCAAGGAGCUGGAGCACUUGUCCAUUCCCAGUGAAGAGCUAAACUGCUAGUGCUUUAAAGUCUCCUUUCCAGCACUAAAUGCUUUGCCAAUGCUGAGCUCAUCCAAGCCAACUCUCACAAAGAACAAUGCCAUUUCACCAAUUCUUGCAAAUGUGUUAAUCAUACAGUAACAGAAUCUGCUGCUUUCCAGUGUAUCACUGGUUCACCUGCUAACUGGGCAGCCAACCAUGGUCCUUUUCCAUAGGUCCUUGAAAUCCUUUGGAAACCCACUGUGGCUCACAUUAGCAAAAUGACCUCCUUUAAUAAACAUUAGUGCUUUCAGCUAUAGUUAAAACUGUAGACAGCAGAGAGCAUAGGUAUCUCUGAAUAUAAAACAGUGUAAUAAUUUCCUCUAACACCUCUCUCCCGACAGGGUUAGAAUAGAGAUUUUUGAGGGAACAGGUCACAUAUUUUGUAAGAUAUCAAGUCUUAACAAUUCAUGUGCAAAAUAUCAAGGCUGAUUGCAAAAGGCAAGGAUGAAGAGUUAAAAACUAGGAAACAACUCAGAUGCACAAAUGGUAUAGCAAAAGAAAGGGAAAGAGUGUGUAAACAUGUAUAAUGUGUAAAUAAACACAUUCCUCGAGUUUUUAAGAGUAAAUAUGGACAGAAGUCUUAACACUAAUAAUUUCAAGCAGUUGUUACAAUGUCAGUAGAUUUAUUACUAGUCAAUAUAUUCAGCAGUGACCACUAGGGAUGAGCAAAUCUGCCAACUUUGGUUUCAUUCUCUUUCUCAUUUUCCCAACCUUGAGUUCAUUUCAGCCCACAGUUACAUUUUCUAAUUUGAUCACAAAAUAGCCCAUUAUCAUGUGCACUUCUAAUACACACAUUUUCUUCAGACUUUUCCUAAUAUGCACAAUUUUUGCAGUUGAUAGUUUCCUAAUAUUCAUUAUUGUGCAUAUUUGGCAUAAUAUACACAUUUUUGUUCCUUCUUGCUAGUUGUAUCACAAGUGCAGAUUUCAGCAUACAACUGUAUUCUGUUUUGCUUAUAGGCUCAAGAGGUGAAAAUCGGGCAAGCUCAUAUAAAAAAUUUGGACUGAACAAAUUUUCCUCCCAUCCCUAGUGACCACUGAUUUUUCAUAUAUUUGGGGAAAUUUGGUUCAUAUAAAAGAAAUCAUUCAGAGGUGAUAAUCAUUCCAGGUGAUAUUGCUCAGCAUUUCUGUCAUUCCUAAAAGGUAAAUGAAUUUGAGACAACCAGAAUAUAUAGCUUUCCUUGAUUCUAUCUUUCAUUAGUUCUGUUACUUGCAGCAACUGGGAAUAUUGUAAACAGAGGGUCUAAAAAUCCAAUUUGCUGUUGCUUUAUGUUGUCAUCAUUCCACUGUGUUGCUUGCCCCUUAAAGAAAGGAAUUGCUUAAUGAGAUUGGUUUCAGUUCACUUUCUCUCUCUAGUGGCCCCGGUCAUACCACAGAGAAAUGUACAGGGGGAAUUCCAACCACCAACGACAUCAAAGAAGUGGUAGUUUUUAUAAAAUCCAGAUAUGGGACCCAAGGUUGACAGUCUCACUUCUUUCUUUUAUGAAGCUCAGGAGAAGAAUCUUGGUCCAAAAUCUCAGCAGGCUUAGAACUUUUUAAUAGAGAAUCUAGUCUAUAUGUUUCCCAAUUUAAUAUGGACCCGUCUUAAGCUAAAUAGCCGUAGUGUGAGCUCAGUGCCCACAUCCCUUCCUUUAGGAUGCAACCUGAGUAAUGUUUUUUCCUCUUUAGGUGAUUAGCAUGGAAUUAGAUUAAAAUUCUGUGGUUCUUUACACAUCUGUUGCAAGUAUGCCUGAGAAACUAGAGCAGCACACAUCUGUUAUGAGAAUGCCUCAAAACUAGAGCAGUAAUGUUUUUACAAUGUUUGUUACAAACAAGAGCUGUAUUCAAAGAAGCUUGUGUAUUCAAUAAAGCGGUAAAAAAGAA